CUCGAAGUACCUUUUCAACAAAUACACAAAUACUAGGAAACCUCAAAAUGGUUGAAGGUGGUUCAACCAUUGUACAAGGUAAUCUGGUCAAACUGUCUAAAGCACAUGGCCUACGGCACCAGUCCAUCUCCAUCAACCAUCUUAUACAACCGCUUGGUAAUUCCACUGCAUCGGAUCCAUCGCUUGCUACUGGAAACAAUGAAAAAGUGGAUCCUCAAUUCACCGACUACAUUAUUGGUGUACAAUUCAAAGACGCAACAGAAGAAUGGAUUCGUGAUGACACUUAUCUCUACACGGCUCGUGUUGUGACUGAAGCUAUUCGAUUCAAGGUUGCAGUCGUAAUGAAGCUCAAGGGCUCCAACGACGAGCAGGUUGAAUCAAUAAGAUGUAAUUUAAACGACAUUGCUCAGAACUACAGACUUGAAAUUGAGACCUGGAUGGAUGAAUUUAUUGCUGUGCCACAUUUUGGUUAUCUGAUGUCCUCUAUCGCCGAUUACAGUAGAAAAAGUGUAAUUCGUGCGAAAAUAUUGGGUUUAAUAAAAGAAAAAGGCUAUGUAACAUUGGAGAAAUGUGAGGAAAAAAACGGUGGAAUUUUGAUUUUCGUUCAUCAACGUGAUGCGGCAGAUGAAAUAUAUUUCAGGAUUCAAUGGUCCGUGAGAUUUGUGACCAAGUACUGGAGUGCGUUACACUUUUUUGCCAUAGAUUCGGUGCAAGCUGAUGAGGAAUUCGUUGCAGCCAAUGAAACUUUGCUCCAAACUUUCUGUAAAAAAGGAGUCGACAAAGACGAACUUGAGGAACUUUGGAACACGUUGUGCCUGAAUAUUGAACAUCAUAAGAAGUAAAAGUUCUUUUUGUAUCUUGUCGAUUUGUUUGAAUAUUUUUUGAAUAAUUAUAAAUAAUCUAGAACAAUUAUAUUAUCAAUAAAAAAAAGGCUAGUUUGAUGAA